GUAACCACUACCAUCUCGUCUUGCUAAACCCUUUACUUUUAUUUCUUGAGUCCUCUUUCUACUACUUGGGUUGCUGAGAUGGCUAGUAAGCGGCUUGGAAGAUUCCGACAGUGGGCUGGCGAAGUUAUCUCGUCGAAGGAUAAGAGUAACAUCACAGACGAAGCUCGCGAACUCGAACAGGAUGUCGAGUUGCGAAAGGAAGGGCUGCAAAGACUCCAAAUCGCCUCUCUCGAAUAUCACCACCAGCUGUCCAAGAAGAAAGUGUCAGAAGCACUCGACGAACCUGAGAAGCUCUCUGUGCGAGACGCGCUGGGUAUCGUGAUGAUAACGCAUGGAGAGGAAAUCGGAGAAGAGUCCGCAUUCGGUUCGGCUCUAGUCAAGCUCGGACGCGCACAUUGUAAGGUUGCGACACUGCAAGAAGCCUAUGCGUUGACUUUCCAAGACACAUUCCUCCGAUCAAUGGAGAAGUUUGUUGACGAGGUGAAAGAUUACGAAAACGAGAGGAAGAAGCUCGAGUCACGGAGAUUGAACUACGAUGCCGCACUUACGAGAAUGGAGAAGUCGAAGCAUAACAAGAAGGAGAAGGAGAAAGACCGGCGAGAGGCGGAGGAGGAGCUCGAGAAGGCACAGACUCGAUACGAGGAAAGUGCUGAAGACAUAAAAGCUCGCAUCGUCGCAAUUCAGGAGAACGAGAUCGAUGAACUCCGAGAAGUGAAGCGGUUCCUGGAGCUAGAGCUCAAUUUCGCGGAGCAGUACGCUGAGGUGCUGAAGGACGUGAAGGAGAACUGGGUCGACGACCACAUGCUCGAUAAAGUCAACUUCCGCCGCCCUACAGGCCCGAUGCACAACUUCUCCCACUCCUCUGUCGAUGACGACCAGGACGACGGCUCUGCAGAACACACUCAUUCCCGCACAAAAUCUAAAGACCGAGUUACUGCACCUCAUAAACACGAUAGCAAGGAACACGACAAGGACAAGGACAAAGACAAAGACAAGGAAGCCUCCGCUCCUGCGUCGUCCAGCCGUUUCGGGUCCAUCCGCUCCAUGAUCUCCAGAGCACCUCCGACCAAAACGAAACCUUCGAAUCAUCGCCACGAUUCGGACUCGGAUAGGACCGCUUCAGACGAAGAGACCGACUCGGACGAGGAUGAAGAGAUCAGCGAUGACGACGGUCCACGGCCCUCUCAUUCGAGACGCUCCUCAAUACGUUCUACAAAGACGGAUACAACCACUAAACGACGGAGUAGUCAUGGUGCGGCUAGUGCGAAGGCACCGUCUAGACCUGCCUCGAGGACGAGCAACCGGAGUGGAAAAAGCGGGAAAAGUACGAAGAGUAUGAAGAGCACGAAAACGGAAGGCGGUGGUGGUAAUAGGAAGAGGUCUGAUAGCACGGGGAGUGCAGUAGAGAGGGAGCGGGAGAAGGAGAGGAAAAAGAAGAGCGUUUCGGGGUGGACGAGUAGUUUGAGGGGGAAGAAGGAUACGUUCAAUAACCUCAAAGAUUCGGAUGGCGACGACGAAGACGAAGACGAGCAUCCUGAACGAUCGACCUCAUCGCUUUCGACUGGUUUCGGACUUGGAAGCGUGCUCGGCGGCAAGUCGAAUAAAUCGAAAUCGAACAACUCGUCGCCCAUUGUACCCGGGAGGAUGCUCAAGCUCCCCGGCCCGGGAUCGGAGAAGGAUAGGCGGAAGGUCGUGAGGGCACUUCAAGAUUUCACGGGAUCUGUGGACGAGUUGUCGUUCAAGGCGGGAGAUGAAAUCUUCGUAGUCAAUGAGGUGUUGGAAGGGUGGUGGAUGGGAGAGCUAGGGGGCGUGAAAGGGUUGUUCCCGACGGGUCAUGUCGAAGUUGUCGAGUCGGGUUCGCCCACUUCAAGGUCGAAGGCUUCGGCAUCGAAUAGCAGGAGGAGCAGUCUGUUUGGAGGGAAUGGUGCUGCUGGGGGAUCUCAUGCCGGCUCGUUGGCGAGUAGUGUGAAGGGUCCAUCAUCGGAUAGCUCCAACUCCAAACCCUCCCUUCUGGAUGCCUCGUUAUCUCGUAAUGAUACCAGCCAUCAUCGAGACUCGACGCAAUCCGACGCCGAAGACCACCCUUUCGGCGACCACAACAACGUCGUCUCACCCACGCAUACUGGUGGCUUUUACGAUACGGAGUCUAUCCUCUCCUCCGCCGCAGAAGACUCGGAGCACGAACGCGCGAGACUCGUACCUGCCGUCGCCGUCGACGAGUUCGACAAUGACGAUCUGCUACUCAAAGCUGCCGCCAUGGCGAGGCAGAGUUCAGCGCCACCUACGCCCACACCAGCCCCAACCUCGCUCUCCGGACUCAUACCGCCCCUCUUGCCCAGGAGACCGAGUGAUACCGGAAGGAAGAUGCCUCCGCCACCUCCACCCCCACGCCGUGCGACUACAAGUACGAUGAUGAACAAUGGUAUGACCAACGCUUCCGUUCACACGUCAGAACAGAAUGGCAACGGGUACGGGGGAAUUGGACAGAAACCGACGCCCUUCCACAGUGCGGUGACAUUACCGGAUGGGGAGACGGGUGAUUGUAGGGACUUUGUGCAGAAUCAGUUCAAGGCGACGGGGAUGUGUGUGAACUGCUUUAGGAUGCACAAUCUGAAGGCAUAGAUUCCUGGUGCGGUAGGAAGGUUGACAUGGGUUGGCGCCGCUGUCUGUAUCAUCGGCGGACAUUCCUUCCUCCUUCCUUUGUUUAUACGUAUAUUAUCUAGCUUGCGAACACAUUCGUUUUUGAUGGUUGGGGAUCGUGUAUAUCUUUGAUUCUGGUUCUUGGUUUCUCUUGGUUAGACCAUAUGCAUUUAAUAGCACGAUAUACGCGUCAACCUACAUACUUUACAACUACAUUACUUUCUCGCUGGACGAUGGAGGUUCUGGGGAUGAAGUUCUACUUAACUAGCGUUCGUUUUUGAUGAACUCUUACGAUGGACUUUUUG